CUGGUCACUGAGAUGGCUUCCUCUCUAAAGGUCUGGGUCACUCUCUUGGCCCUGCUGUGUCUCCAAUGCAGUUUACUUUUGCACAGUGAGAACAUUUCCAGGAGGAAAUUUAUGGAAGAACAUCACCUAAGUCCAAGCCAAGAUUUUGCUUCCUACAAAUGUAACAAUCUCAUGAAAAAAGGAAAUCUGAGCCACAAGCCCUCUCACAUGUUCAUUUAUAUCUCAUGGUACAAAAUUGAGCAUAUAUGCGUUAGUAGCAAAUGGAAUGACCGUUAUAGAAAUACAUACAUAUGGGCCCAGCGUCCCAUCAAAACACUCACUUGUCACUGGGAGAAAUUAAAUAACUACAGAGAGACCAGGAGCUAUAGCCAUAUUCAAUUCCAUUGUAGCAUGGAUGGGUAUGUUGACAAUAUAGAAGAUGUGAAGCUCAUAAAGCCUCUCUUCAACUAGACAGUCUGUCUGGGACCUCAGGUUGGGGAGAACAUUUCGUGAUUUUCAGGUGAUGGCCCUGCAUACAUCAACGGCCGCUGCCACUCCCCAGUUUGCAUUUUCAUGUCAAUGUUUUCCAACCAGAG